AGAUUUGCACCAGUUUAGCCUGAACAAAUUGAAGCAGGUCUAUUUAAUGUCUUCAAGGAAUAUGUGAUAGCUGUCACAAUAACAUAUAUUGGAAGAAGAUAAAACUAUAUAUACUCCAAUAUAAAUAUUUAACACCUUUCACUACAUCAAAGAAAGAAAAUGAUCUUGACGGAAAAAAAUGUUCUACUUUUGUAUCGACUAUGUCUAACUCUUUCUUUAGCACAAGUUGGCAUAGGCGUCCACCGAUAUAUAAAAGUUACUACAGUAUUGGAACAUCGUUUUGAAAACAUCACGUUUUCUAUAGUUGAAAGGAUUGGAUUUAACAUUUCUUGCCAUGCUAAUGAUGAUAUCUCUUCAAAGUUGUAUAGGAAUUCACCGACGCUAGUUAAAGUAGGAUGUUCUUAUGGAAGUGCAUAUAUAGUAAGCAAAGACAACACAUAUGGUUCAAAAUUGCCAAAUAUCUCCGUACCUGCAUCAUUCAAUGAAGACACAUUGAUAACAACAUUUUAUAUUAAAGAAGAUAGUCUAGAAAAGAUUGAACGGGAAGUUGAAUUAUUUAACUCAACGAUAUCAGAGUGUUGGCUUCAAUGCGAAUUUUUUGACAAAAACUUACAAACCUACGGAAAUACAGUUCAUAUUUUACCAAUUCGUAUGUAUAAUUUGAUUAUACACUAUGUGAAUACUCUUCGUGUGCAUUUGUCCUAAUUCAUUUGUACUUUUCCUAUACAUAGGCCAACCGGUAAUUGAAGAUUGUUUCAUAGAAGAUUUCCAGAGGUUGGUUUGCAAAUGGAAUUCUGGAUUAGAUAAGAAAGCACCGUAUUUUAACCGUACUGAAAUUGGAUUUACUUACGGGUAACUAUUUCUUUGUUUUUCUAUAUUUAGUUUAUCUUCAUAGAUAUGUAUGCCACUAGUCCUGAUCACUUACAAAAACAAGAUAGGGGCUCAAUUCGCAAAAAUUUUUGCAAAGAAAUAGAAUGCUCAAAGUAUAAAAAAGAUACAUAUCUAAAAGGGAAUGAACUGUGGUGGGGUAAAGCAGUAUAUUACGCAAGAAAUUACUCGAUAUGCAUCUGCAUAAAGACAAUCUACAACCAAGCGUUAAUUUAUAUUAUACCAACGGAAUAUCCUGGUUCGAUAACGUUUUAACUUUUGUCUUUUGUUAUUUUCUACUAAUAAGAUAUUCAUUUUUUUAAAUUUUAAUCCAUCAUCAUAUCAAAACACUAGACUAUUUCGACUUACAUACAUAAUUCUUUUUCUAUAUUUUACAAAUCAGCUUAAGGUAGCAAAAAACACCAAUUAUUUUCAAUACUAUAAAUAAUCGUUUCUUUAUUUUUUACUAAUAUUGAGUUUGAAAUUAAAUUAACAGUUUAUACAGUAGUAUCAAGUUUGAUUGUGUCUUUUUUUUCUAGGCCAUAAGAUUGGAACAUUUGAUUUAACUAAUGGUUUUUAUACUUUAUAACUCUUUCGCAUUAACAGCUUUACAGAACCUUUUCCCGCUAAAAUAUUCGCAUUCGACACCAUUGAGAGUAAACUGUUCAUUUGUGAAUUGUUAAAGAACUCUCGCACUUGUAUUGGUAAUAUAGUUGAGAUGAAUACCAGCGAUUUAGGUAGUUUCUUCAAAAUAAUAGCAAAAUAUUUCCUCCUAGCAAAGCUAUCUUCACUUAACGGCAAAAUAAAACAAAUAUACAUAUAUUUAAUGCUGCUAUAUGUAUAUUUGCAAACAAUAAAUAAUCUACUUAACAACUAUUUAAGCUAAUGUCCAAUUUAUAAACAAUUGUAUAUAUGCUAUAAAUUCUAUCCUAAUUUUUCAGCUACUCUUCCACUGUCAAUCCACCAUAUGACAUCAAUUACUAUAGAGAUUCCUUUCUAUCUGUAUAUUAUUUCAAGGGUAGAAAUAUUUCGCAAUCAUUUGAUUUACCCAGCCGAUUUAAAAAUCCGCAGUGGGCUAAUUUCCCUGAAGGUAAUAAUAAUCCCCGUUACAAAAACGUAUUUUGCGAAAAUUCUAAUUGAUUUUAAUGCUGCUUCCAAAUGUCGAAAUUAUUUUCUCAAGUCUUAUUUCCCUUUUGAAAUGUUAUGUAGAAUGAUUUAUAUAAUUAUUAUUUUUAAUAUAUUGAAAUUACUAUAGAGAAUUAUACAAGUGCGGUUGCCAAAUUGAAACUACAGAGAUCCUUUAUCAAGAAGGUCACUAUUACUGUAAAGUUCCCUGUCAAUAUAAAAAUCCAGGCAAAAUGUGUCGGAACAACACACGUUUUCUCAACAUAUCUUUUAAAGAACGUGGUAUACUUUUUUCUAGUUUGAAUCAAGAAAUGCAUGCAGCCUUCCAAUAAGUUUACUCUUUCAAUUAAAGGAUUUGUUAUGUUUAUUUAUGCAUCAAAUUUUUAAAGACUAUAAAUAGCAUGGGCUACGUGAUCUUUUCCAUAUAGAAUUACUGUUUCUCUUUCUAAAUGGUUUAAACGAUUCAAAAGUGUUCCUUAUUUCAACGCUUAACAAACGCUUCUUUUAAAACAGCUAAUUUGCAUUUUCCAACAUCUAAACAAUUGUUCCUGGAAAACCACAAAUGAAUAUCACUGAGGGACAAACAGAUGUUUUGCUCAUGGUAAAUGGAUCUAAAGGAAUACAUUAUUAUUGUGCAAAUGACAAUUGUACUGAAGAAUACAUGUACCCUAAAGUAUAUUUCAAAAUAGUAUGCGAACUAAGUCAAAAUUCUGUUGUUUUGAAAAGAGAAUCAAGGAAUUAUAUUAUAGGAGGCCAGCCUCAAAGAAGUUUUCGUUUCUCGAACUUGUUACCAUAUAGACAGUACAGUGUAAAAUUGUAUAUGAUACUUUAUGAUAAGGACUUCCGACAGAAAAUAGGACAAAAUGGUACAGCUCUUAUUCAGAAUUUUACAACAAGACAAGCAGGUGAUACUUUUACUUUUCUAUUUUUUAUAUUGCUUUCUCUUUUUUCAAAAUGCUUUUUUUUAGUCUUUUUAUACAUUAAUCCUAUGUUUAUAGAACCAUCCGCAUUACCUGAAAUUCCUCCAGGAGCGUUCAUUUUAGAUUCUGAUAGAAGGCAUCUAACAAUUUUGUGGAAACCUCUUCCCAUUCCAUUCCGAAAUGGACCAAUUGCACAAUAUUCUCUUCAAAUUUCUUCUGAAAAAUCUAUGACCAAUGUCUCUGGGGAUGUAAACUAUUACAAAUUUAAAAAUCUAACUACAACAAAUCCUUCUAUAAAAGUGAUUGGGUUUACGAAAACACAACAAAUAUCUCCUCUUCUAAAUAACUCUGAUCAUCAAUUUAACCUCUCAAAAGUUUCGUAUGAUAAAGAAAAAAGCUGCUUCUCUGUUAAUAAAACUUCGAAUGGAAAUCGAAAAAUUGAUUGGAAAAUACCAGGCAUUAAAGUUUCCAGAUAUGUAAUUUAUUAUUGUAUUGUCGAAGGACCCGAAGCUUUAAUAUCAGAAGGCUGUAUAGUAAGCAAUGACAGCGAUUGGUAUGGUCUCAAAACAAUAAUUGUAUCGAAUACAACAAAUUUUCUUGUAAUGAAUGAAUCUCUAUUCAUGGAAGAUAAGAUAUACGAUUUUGGAGUUUCUGGGGAUAAAUUCCUUAACGAUAAAUGGCAUAGUACUGGAUUAAUACCAUCAACCUGCCUUAAUAGAACUCAAUCAGACUAUAAAGUGGAAACGGCAGACCAAUCUUCAUAUCUUUGGAUUCUUACAAUUUUUUUUAUUAUACCGAUUGUAGGAUUUGUACAAUUUAUUAAAAGGUUAACGAGAGAAUUCAAGACAGAUCCGAUGAUGAAGGAGAAUUUGGGCAAGCUGUUAGAUAAAAAUUAAAACGCCAUUUUUUUUUAUAUCAUUCAAUCAAUCAACUAUUAGCCUCAUUCGAAAUAAUCUAUAUUCAAGCGAAUUAAAGAAAAAAUUGUAAAUUUGUAUUAGUAUUGUAAAGACAAUUGUUUAUAUGUACUAUAUUAUAUCUUGUUUAUAUGAGUUUACUCAUUUUCUUAAAUAUUGUUUUGUUUUUCUAUUGUUGAUACUGUUUAUAAUGUUUUCUAUUAGCGCAAAAGACGAUUUCAAAAUAGACCUUUGCGAUUAAUUGGAACAAAUAAAGUUAUCUAUUUUAAUUAUUCUUAUGAAAAGGUUUUUUAUUAUAUGGACGAAAUGAGAAUUUCCAAGCAAUCGUAUCGAAAUACAUUCGGCAGCUUGUUGUAAGCUUCGCAAUACUUGAACAGAUAUUUUAAUUGAAUAGCUCUAUUGAAAAUGAUUUUUGAUAGAAUACUUUCCAAC